ACCCGGGAGGAAGGAGGAGUGACGGAUGAAAGGAGCAUCGGCGAGGGAGGGAUGACGGAGGGUGUGGUGGAAGUAUAAAGCCGUCCGCGCGGCCGCUUCCUCAUCACUCCAUCCCUGCAACUCUCGAACUCCGCCGUACGUUCAGACACUCCGACUCAGCAACCACCAUGGGUGAGGUCCAGGGCGCCAUCUUUUUGCUCAUCAAUGCCUUCGAAAAGUACGCCGGCACGGACGGCGACAAGAGCACGAUGAGCAAAGGGGAGGUGAAGGAAAUGUUCAAAAAGGAAUUCGGGAUGGAGCUGGAGAAGGCCAAGGGCCAGGAGGGCAUCGACAAAAUCUUCAAGGAUCUGGACUCCAACAGCGACAACAAGGUGGACUUCCAGGAGUUCGUCUGCCUCGUGGCUUCCAUCGCGAUGGUCUUGCAUGAAUGUGUGGCCCAUUAAUAGAGUUGAGAACUCCAAAACACCAACAAAGACAUCCAUCGUGUUUUACAAUAAACCCCAUUAAAGUACUCAACCUGU